CAUGUAGCAACAGCCUUUUUUCAAACUGAUCUUGAUUUGCGAGCAAGCGCAGUUCUUGUGGCUUUGUCAAAGAUACAUGCACUCGCCUGCACUUCUGACUUCCUCGCAGAAGCAAAACAUGUACAAUAGUACAGAAAAUGGAAUGGAGCGGGAUAUGAGGAACACGCCGUACGCUCUGGUGUUUGGAUCUGUAAUAAUGCUGGGUCUGCCUCUCAAUGCUGCGUCGCUGUGGAUUCUGUUACGCUGCCACAGCCUCAAAUCCCCCAGUGUCGUCUUCAUGGUCAACCUGGCACUCUCUGACCUCCUGCUCGCCAUCUCCUUGUCUAUGAGGGUCUACUUUUACGCCAUAGGCACCUGGCCUCUGGGCAACAAGGCAUGUGUCUGUUUCACAAUGCUCUUUCGCAACAACAUCCGCUCCAGCUCCAUCUUCAUCACCUUCAUUAGUGUGGACCGGCUGCUGGCUGUCGUCUACCCUCUGAGGUCACGCCAUCUCCGAACCGCUUCAUAUGCCUUGAAAGCUGCUGCGCUCGUUUGGCUGUUUCUGUUGGUGGUGAACAUCCCAGAGAGUGUGGAACUUUCAAGAUUUUUAGACAAAAACAAUAAAUCUACCUGUUUUGAAAUCAACAUAAUCCACAAAUUGCCUUAUCUUCAGCCUGUAUUGGUGCUCACCAUGCUGGCAGUCAACAUUGUGUCCACUGCUCUGGUGGCUAGGACUCUACGCAAACAACUAAAUGACUCUGCAAGGAUAUACAACAAGGUGAAUGUCUUGCUUAUUUUUGCCAUGAACCUGAUGAUGUUCACGGUAUUCUUCUUGCCUGUGUCACUGGUUGUCUUCUUUAAAAGUUGGUUACCUGCUCGCAUGACAUUGGUAUGUCUUGCAAGUGUAAACUGCUGUCUGGACCCUCUGUUGUAUUACUUUUCUUUUGAUGGUUUCUGGAAGAGCAAAGAAGAUGUGGACACCUCUGUUGCAAGAGAAUAGUUUGUGAUAACAAUAGAACGGGACAGGUGGGGUUAAAUACAAUUUAAACAAUUAUGUCUGUUUGGAUCUGCAAUAUAAUUGUCACAAGGUGAAAAUGUACGUAUUUCUGAUUUUUAUUUUAUUUUCAUAGCAUUAGUAGCUUUGCCACUUGUCAGGCUGUCAUUGUAAAUAAGAACCUGUUCUUAACGACUUGUCUGAAAAAAAAUAAAGGUAAAAAAGUGAUUGUUGACCUGAAACAGAGAUACAGAUUUAGGUUACCUUCACAGCGCUAUUAUUUCCCCACCCCCCUUCAAAUCUGAUACCAAACUGAUGUUUCCUGUUCCUUGAGAACAGUGAAACCUACGCAUGUGACACAAGCCCCCUAUUUUUUGUUGUUGUUGCCAUCUGAGUUGCGAAAACCUAAAUAAAAUUGGAUCUCCAGGCAAGUUGUAUUGAAUACACAAACUGUCCUGCGUUACCAUCAAUUUAAAUAAUCUCACUGUUCUGUCAGAUUCGCAACUUUAACAAACCGUAUGAAUGAGUCAUAGGCCAGGAUAGAAAAUUGUCUAACAAUGUAUAGAUCAACAAGCCACAGACACAUAUGUUCAAAUUUGAGUCAUUCAGUAAAUUAUUAUUUUUUGUCUGAAAUCCACCAGCCUUUUUCAUAUUAUACCAACAUUUGAAGCAUCCUGAGCCUUGUUGGUUACUACAGAACUCAACCCACAGUAGUUUUAUUCUUUUUAUUUUAAAGAACUAUACAAAAACAUUGCAACAAAAUACAAAAAACAUCACAACUUUUAUAGAAGUAUUUUACAAAAGCUCCUGCAAAAUCAGACAUUUUGGUCAGCAACUAUC